AUGAGGCGGGACAGCUCCGCGCCAAGCCCGCGACGAUCGCCUGUCAAGCCCAACCCUAGGCCCCUACCGCCGCCGAUCCCGAAGACGAAGGUUUUGAUCCGUUCGCCAGGCGGUGGUUUGAAUCGCACGCCUCCACCAGGAUCACAACCUGCCGCGCCCGAACCGAUAGACCCAGUGGACCCAACACGAGACCUGGAGUCGUCUCAAGCACGUCUGCUGGACGAGUCGCAGGCAGGAUCAGAAGUGCCCGAACCAGAAGAGCCAGAAGAGCCAGAGCUUCCGCCGACACCGACACAAAAGGGACUCGAAGACCCAAUUGUCACUACGCCGCCGACAGGUAUCCACAACACGCCGUCUAAGCGCAGCGAAAGGCGGAAGAAGCGAUCCCGGCAUGAAGAGCCCGCCAUUAAAGCGCCAACCCAUGAGGCCUUCUGA